AUGGCUCAGGAUACGCAGACACCGCAGCAGGACCUGCUGGUCAGCGCCUCGCUGCUGUGGAAGAUCGACAAGCUCCGCGAGCGAAACAUCGGCACGCUCGUCCCGCUUCCCCAGCUCGUGGUCGUAGGCGAUCAGAGCUCGGGCAAGUCGUCGCUGCUGGAGAGCCUGACGGGGAUUCCGUUCCCGCGCGGCGUGGAGCUCUGCACGCGCUAUGCGACCCAGAUCACGCAGCGCCGCGACGACGUGUCCCGCGUCGAGGUCAGCAUCAUCCCGAGGCCCAACGCCACCGAGGCGCACAAGAAGCACGUCGGAGAAUAUCGCUGCAGCGCCCUGUCCCUCGAGGACUUCCGCACCGAGUUCCCUGCGAUAUUGAAGGAGGUCGAUAAGCGGAUGGGCAUCCGGAUGACGAAGAACCAACCGUCCAGGGCCGGCGUGGAUUCCGGGUACGGAUCUGACGACUUGGUCUCUGACGGCAGCACAUCAUCAUCGGAUGGCGAUUCGAAGCCCGGAAAAAUGCCAGCGACGACAACAGAUAAUCUCGCGCAGGGAGGCCGCGUUUUCAGCGAAGACGUGCUCAAGAUCGAGAUCUUUGGCCCGUCGGUCGACUACCUGACCGUGAUUGACGUGCCCGGCAUUUUCCGCACGCCCACCGAGGGUUUCACAACCAAGGAGGACAUGGCCAUGGUCCGGGACAUGGUGAGAUCGUACAUCCGGGACAGCCGCACCGUCAUCCUGGCCGUGCUGCCCUGCAACAUCGACAUCUCGAACCAGGAGAUCCUGACGCUUGCCGACGAGUACGACAAGGACGGGGAGCGGACGCUGGGCAUCUUGACGAAACCCGACCUGGUGCCGGAGAUGAGCAUGCGCAGGUCGGUGUGCGACAUCAUCCACGGGAACAAGAAGCCGCUUCGGCUGGGCUACUACCUCGUCAGGAGCCGCGGCGCAGACAUGAGCGAUGCCGAGUUCAUGAGCCGGGAGACGGAAUUCAAGAAGGAGCCCUGGAGCAGCCUGCCCCUGAACAGGGUCGGGGUGCGAGCGCUGAAAGCAUGCCUCGCCGACCUCCUGGGCCACAUGGCGCACCGAGAGUUCCCGAAACUGCGGAGGGACAUUGGGAACAAGCUCCAUGCCAUGGAAACGGAACGGAAGCAGCUCGGCCCGUCUCGGAAGGAUGCGAACGAGCAGCGACAGUACCUGAGCAGCAUGGCCCGAGAAUUCCAGGAGCUGACGAGAGCCGGGCUCGAGGCCCAGUACGCCGGUAACGGGGCGUUCGAGCACCUGAUCCAGCUCCGUCUCAUAACGCAGAUCGUCAAUCUCGCCGACGCCUUCAACAGGGAGUUCCGCCACAAAUCAGUCCUCCGCCGAUUCGAAAAGAAUAAGGGCGAGCGCGAGCGCGAGCUGUGGAGUGCCAACGGGGAUGAGAAGAAGAUCCGGGAAUCCGCCCAGGAUAUCGACCCGGAUGACUUCCCCGAGCUGGAGAACAUCAUCAGCCACGAGUUUGACGUCGACGACCCAGCGGACGGCAUCACCAGCUGGAUCAGCGACCUGUAUUCGCGCUCCCGCGGCAUGGACCUCGUCACGUACAGCAGUGCGGUGUGGUCGAGCGCCUGGAAAGAGCAGUCGGGCAAGUGGCCGAGCAUGAGCAAGGCGUUUGUGAGCCGCGUCAUCGUGGCCAUCCAUCGCUUCAUCAAGGCCACUCUUGCGGUGGUCUGCGCGGAUUCACACGUCCACGCGCAGCUGUGGUCGGCCAUACUCGACGAGGUGCUGCGACGGUACGAGGUGGGCAUGAGUGCGGCCGAGUUCCUCGUGGCUUCCGAGCGAGACACCAGGCCGUAUACGCUCAACUCCUACUUCAACGAGUCUCGGCAGGAGGCCCGCGGCAUGCGGGUCGUCGACGAGGUGAAGGCCACGCGCGAGCAUGAAAAGGGCGUGUUCCCCGACCCCAGGGUGUCACUCGACAACGUUCGCAAGGCCAUCGAGGCGAAAUCGGACAUCGAAGACGUCGUUGAGCAGAUGCAUGACGACCUCAAGGCAUACUACGACAUCGCUCGAGACCGAUUUGUCGACAACAUGCUGAACCAGGCGGUCAACUACCACCUCCUCUUCGGACCGUCCACGCCGCUCAGGGUGUUCAGCCAGGAGUGGGUGAUCGGGCUGAAACCGGACCAGCUGCAGGGCAUUGCCGGCGAGUCACCCAGAAUUAGGGAGGAGCGCGAGAGACUCAACCGAUCGAUUGAUGACCUGAUAGCCGCAAAGGAGAUCUUGCGCCAGUAA